AUGAGUAACGAAAAGAUUGCCGAAGACAUUGCCAACUGUGUGCGCAAGGGUAUUCCGUGGCAUAAUCUGCCCGUGCAUCUGAUAAAUCGUUUCCACAACAAUCAACGUGACUACGAGAAAUAUGUUUUCAAUUACAGUCUGAAGAAUCAGCUGCGAUUCCGCGGCAAUUUGGUUAGUAAAAUCUUUCGCAAAGAGCAGAGAUACUAUGAGCUGCUCGUCCAGAAAUCGAUUAACACCUUGGGUCUGUUCCCCUAUCAUUUGGCCGAUAUUGUUACGAAGGGUUUGCGGGUAACCCCCUUCAAUUAUUAUCUUGAUGUGCUGUCACAGUUGUUGAGAAAUGAUAAGAGCUAUGAUAGCUUACCGAACUUCACCGCUGCCGAUUGCCUGCGCGUCUUGGGCAUAGGCCGCAAUGAAUAUUUGUCGCUGAUAAGUGAAUUGAAAACGCAUACAACACGUGCAUUGCUGUUUACCACCAAACCCAACCCUUUGGAAUACUUACCGAGAUUUCCUCAGCGUAUACGCAUUGAGCCCUGGUGGCGGGUAGAGGUGGGUUUUGUUUUGGAAACGGAUAUUCGUUAUGUUACGGCUGCAGAGCGAAGCCUUAUCGAUGAUUUGAUUGAUUUUGGUUCACAAACUGCUGGCAAAUGUGAUUACAGUGUGGUCCACAGCCUGUAUCGGAAGGGUUUAAUUUACCUCGAUGUCCCCAUUUCGGGUGAGGAUAAAAUUUCCAUUCCGCCCUUGAGGAAUUUUGUUAUGAAUCGCGUGAGUGGUGAUUAUUUCGAGAAUUUGUUGUACAAGAUUUUCGUUAGUGCCGAUGAGCAUAUGACUAUUUUGGAAUUGGCUCAAAUGUUGCAGCUGGAAUUGGAUUUGGUCAAGCAGGCGGUGAGUUUAUUUUGCCGUCUGGGCUUUGCACAACUGAAGGAGUCGGCAGCCAACCUGGAAAGCCCUUUGAAUGGCUCGAGUAAAUAUCACGAAUCCUGGGAUGCCUACAAAAGGGAACAGGCCUUGGCCAAGGAGGCACCACAAAUCACACCCUUAAAUUAUAACAACUAUAUCAACAAUGAGGUCGAUGGCCCAGCCUCGGUGGAAACCCCCAAAAUCCGCCAGGAUGAGGAGAAAAACAAAGACAAAGAUUCCAGUUCUAUUGGUUAUCUAUCGUCCGAUGGCAAUACCAGCGAUUUUAGUUUUGCCAAUAUGCCCACACCCUCGCCACAGGCAGUGGCGAAAAAUUCUCCUCGACAAAACUCCGACGAUCCUGAUCUCUCCUCCGAAAUUGAUGAUCUAUCGGAGAAUACGACCAAAGCAAGUCUACGCGAGGCCAUAACACCCACAGAAAGUCCACCCAAGACGGGUAAACGUGUGGCCUUCCUAUUCGAUUCCACCCUCACGGCAUUCCUAAUGAUGGGUAACCUUUCACCGGGUUUGAAAAAUCAUGCCGUCACCAUGUUCGAAGUAGGUAAGCUGUGUGAGGAGAGUAUGGAUUCCUUGCUGGCGGAAUUGGAAAAGGUUUCCCUGCUCGAUGCUGAGGGAGAGGGGGAUGUAUCCCGCUACUUUGCUCAUGCCGUUAUUUUACGUUCCACUAUUUGUUCGCUGCGUAAUCUCUUACCCGGUGGCAUGGAUCUGCUAAGGCUGGAAUGCCUUGAAAGUUUAGAUCAAAAGACUAGAGAUCGGGUACUGGAAAAGAAAUAUAAAUUUAUUAUAUCCUCUACCCCGCUAACUGCCACAAUGUCACAUCUCUUUACCAUACCAUUUUUUGGACAAUUUUUCCGUUCCUCCGAUAAUUCGCAUAUGUGGACCAAGUUGUUCUACAAUCAUAUAACAGGUUAUGGUCCACCCUCCCUGUUCCUUUGCCGUGGCACAGUUCUCAAAUCCCUACCGCGAAUCUUUUUAGGUUAUGGCAAGCUAUUGGUGAAUAUCUUACAUUCCGAUUCGUAUGUCAUUAAUAGUGAAAAUUUCCGUAACCUCAAUGAUCAAUUGAAAAAUGGCUGCAUUCUCCUGCAAGGUUAUGGCAUUCGAUCACCCGGUGAGCUACACUAUGAGGCGUUCCCAUUCACCUCCGAUGGCAGGAGGGACUCCAAUAAAUGGUCUCAACACAAAGCAGUGCAAAAGCUGCAGGAGCAUUUGGAUUUAAAACAUCAUUGUGGCUAUAUUACCUUUGUGAAUACCGGGGUCGCCGAUAUCGGUUGCGAACAUUAUGAAUUGGAGGUACGCCUGCGACAUCCACGUAGCAAAUUAAAGGCUGUACGCAAGGAGAAAGAUACGCCCAGCUCAACUGUGCCAAAUGUACUUAAAUUAGAAGGAGAGGAGGGAGGAGAAGAGAAGUUGGAUCCUGUUAAGGAUUUGCUAUCACCCGAUCAAACGGAAUUGUGUAGUUUCGCAAGGUCGACAAAUUCUCCUCAACAUCAAAAUCUAAAGACACCGGAUGAAAACUAUUUUGCCAGCAACAAGGCGAAUCAAGAACCCUCAGCUGUCUACACCUCAGAAGAUUGCAGUGAGUUGCUGGCCUCGGAAUUGGCCAAUUGUAGUGGUGGUAAAAUGGAAUUGGUAUCGCAGGGGUCUGUGGAAAUACCCCUAGAUCGUGAGGCACUACAGAGACAACCAAUACUAACUGAAGAAGAAGAUGAUUCGGAAGAUACCACAGAAGAAUGGACACUACUGGAUGUUAAUUUUGGUGUACCCCUAUUCGAUGUGGAUACCAACACGAGAAUUUGUGAACAAAUUGUAAGACACCUUUCCGCGGAGGAGAACCUAAAUGAGUUACCAAGAAAAUCCGCCGAAAUGGCAGAGAAAUUUAACAACUUCAUAAAACAAUGCCUCUACUUUGAGGAUGAACCGGCGGCGGUGGAACAAUUGAAAUUGGGUAAAACUCUGCCCCACCCACGUAUUAAUUUGGCCUUUGAAAAUGGUAAAGUUUGCUAUUGGAAUGGUAGAUAA